GCCAGGCUGCGCAGUGCCAAGCCACCUUCCCUUGUGACGAGACCUGCCCGCAUCCGCGCCCUCUUCGUCCGAGCUACAGGGAGGCAGAUCCCCCUCCUGAAGGUGCUGUGACACGGCGGCGUCCCGUGAGGAUGAGGAGGGAGGGCACCGGGAGCGAGUCGUGAGCGCGAGCGCGCGUGGUGGCACCUCCCCGGCCGCGGCGGCGCGGCGAUGUUCCGCGGUUGCCGCCACGACGCCCUUCUGUGACGCAGCCGAAGAUUGAUAGACAGCAGCAAGCGAGGCUACGGGGCCUUCUGCGGCGCCGCCCGCGCCCCGCGGAGACAGACUUGGCCUCCUCGCCCCUUAUAAGGCGGCGAGGCUGUAUGCGUGUGUGAGGGAUGGGGUACCUGGCAUGUCCCGUGUGCGAGCGGGAGUCCCUGGUCAACGUGAGCGACCUCCAGCAGCGAGUCGCGACCGCCCUCAUCCGGCCUCUCUCCUGCCCCAUCUGCAGCGCCUCCGUCAGCGGGCUUCAGGCUUUCCACCACCACCUGGCCGCCCAUCUUCCUAACCAGCACAACCCUUACGCCGACGCGACGCCGCCCACGCCCCUGCACAAUGUGUCGGGAUACACGCCCACGCACUCGCCCGACGCCAUUCCGAACCUGGAGCACCUGGAGAUCAGCGACGGCGCAGGAUCGCCUCGCAGCCCCUCCGUCGGGGUCCGGAAGGCGCCGGAGGAGCGGGAGUGCACGGUGGAGCGGUCAGCGUCCUCGAAGUCCCUGCAGGAGCUGAGCCCCGCCCCGGCGCAGGAGCACGCGAGCAGCAACUGCGACCUGUGCGGGCUGGUGUUCUCGUCCGAGCACUUCCUCAGGAUCCACAAAGACAUCAUCCACACCAAGAGCGACUUCUUCGACGUGUCGUGCAAGCUGUGCAAGGAGAAGUUCAAGGACUUCGAGGCGUACCGCCAGCACGUGCGCGAGAGCCACAGCGACCGCCGCUACAUCUGCGACCAGUGCCCCAAGACGUUCAAGAUGAAGGGCAGCCUGCUGGUGCACACGCGCAUGUUCCACGACCCUUGCUCGCCCGGCAAGUGCCAGGUGUGCAGCAAGACCUUCACCACGAAGGCCCGCAAGGAGCUGCACGAGAAGCGCUACCACGGCAUCGGCCUCGAGCACCUGUUCGCGGCGGGCAAGGCGUCGCCGCCGUCACCGUCCUCCCGCCAGCAAAGGGCGGCGAGCUCCUCCGCCCUUGGGGACGCCAAGAACUGGCUGGAGACGCUGGUGACGGAGAACAAGUCCAUGGGAGACGCCUCGCUCAGGAUGCACGAGCAGGCGGGGCAGCCCUCGCCCGGGCUGCCCUUCCCUCACCCGUCGCCGACGCAGCUGCAGUUCCCGGCGACGCCCGGCCUGAAGAUGCAGCAGCAGUUCUCCCUGGCGGAGCACCCGCUCGACCAGGCGUUCGGGGGGCACGAGCACGGCGACAUGCUGGGCCGCGACGAGCAGCUGCACCAGCCGAUGGCGCUGGACCCCGCUGACGCCCUUCAGCAGGACCCACAGGCCCUCCGACGGGGGAGGGCCAGGGACGCGCAGCCCAGCUGGGCGGCAGAGUGCCAGCCGCACCUGUUCGGCCAGGACAUGAUGCAGGCCAAGAUGUCGCCGGAGGGCCAUGCGUCGCCCUUCAGGCCGAGCGUCGCGCCGCCCGCGCAGGCGCUCCCGCCGCACGCCUUCCCCGGCGGCCGCGCCGGCGUGGACUGCACGGAGUUGAAGCAGGAGAAGCUCUCGCUGUCGGCGCCCUCGUGCUCGGAGGCGAGCGUCUCCCGCAUCGUGGGCGGCCACCCGCAGCAGAGCCCCGUGGCGGUUGUGUCGCCGCAGCCGCACAAGUCCGAGACGCCGCCGGCCGGCGUUACCGACCCGCCGGCGGCGCCCGCGGAGGCGCGCAGGAACAGCUUCCCGCUCAUCGGCCUCGGCAAGGCCGCCCUCCCGCCCGCCGACGCGACGCGUCUCCACGCCGGCAGCUACGUCAGCGAGUUUUCCCUGGCGGGCUCCGGCGCCAUGCCCGUGUCCCCCGGGCCGCCUGCGUGCCCGGCGGGGGACAAGGCGCUCGGCCCCUUCCCGGCGUCGCAGCCGCUCCUGUACCAGCCGGGCCACGCCAGCCUGCACGUGGCCAGCUACAGUCCGGGCCUCGCGCUCAUCGGCGGCGCCCACGACUCCAAGGUGGGCGUGCGAGUGCCGCCCAUCGUCAUUCCCGCCCGCGCAGAUGUACGCGGCGACAAAGCUGAAGGAGUCGCCCCGACAGCCCGGCCACAUGGCGAAGGCGCUGGACGGCGGCGGCGCCCCGGACGCCCCGCCGCCGCCCGAGGCCGAAGCCGUCGACGCGGCGGCGACGCGGCCGCAGGAGUCGCCCGGUGAGGGAAGGCCCGACGGAGGGCGCUCCCGCCCCGGCGCCGCGGGGGCAGCGCCGCGUCGUCUUCCAAGAAGGAGGGCGGGAGCGGCAAGGGGGAAGGCAAGCAGUGGGAGUGCGAAGUCUGCAAGAAGUCCUUCACCACGAAAUACUUCCUGAAGAAGCACAAGCGUCUGCACACAGGUGAGACCCCGUACGCCUGCGAGGAGUGUGGCAAGACCUUCACCUUCCAGCAGAGUUACCACAAGCACAUUCUCUACCAUUCGGACGACAAACCUCACCAGUGUUCCUACUGCGGCCGCGCCUUCAAGGAGAUGUCCACGCUUCACAACCACGUUAGGAUACAUACAGGGGAGAAGCCCUUCGUGUGCGAGACGUGUGGGAAAGCCUUCAGACAACGGGUAUCCUACUUGGUGCACCAGAGGAUCCACACUGGGGUUAUGCCUUAUACUUGCGACGUGUGUAACAGAUCCUUCAGAUAUAAGGUGAGUCUGCGCUCCCACCGCUGCGAGCCCAACGCGGGGACGUCGCCGGCAGGAGGAGGAGGAGGAGGAGGCUCUCGGAAGGAGCUCGCAGGAGGGGAGAGGGGAGGGGGAGUCCCGGCGACGCCCAACGCCGCCACACAGCGCUGCCGCCCCUCACGCCCCUGCGGACGGCGACCACCACGGUGGGCGCCGUCGCGGGCAAGGCGGGCGAGGCGGGCGCCGGGGACUCCGCGCUGAUGCCGCUGCCCUCGUCCUCGCCCCCAGCAGCAGGCAGCAGAGAGGGCGACGCCGCAGCUCAGCAGCAGCAGGCGCAGCAGCCAGCCCACCAGGAGCCCAAUGCCUUCGGCGGGAAGCUCCGAGUGCCGCUGCAGACGAUCGACCU